AGCCAUGGAUUCCUUAUCAAUUAUUUCCCGCUCCAUCCUCCUUCUAAUCGUCAUUUCCUGCAUCUCCGGCGGCGGCGCCGCCACCAAAUUCACCGUAAAAAGCAACUGCCCAAACCCAGUCUGGGCAGCGGCCACGCCGGUGGGUGGCGGUCGCCAGCUCAACCGCGGCGACGUGUGGGAAAUCGAUAUACCGCCCGGCACCCCAUCGGGUCGGGUAUGGGGCCGAACCGGGUGCAACUUCGACCCGAACGGAAACGGGCGGUGCGAAACCGGCGACUGCGGCGGCGUACUCCAGUGCGUAAACUCCGGCGAGAAGCCGUUCACGAUCGCGGAGUUCACUCUCGGCCCCGCCGGCGGUCAGGACUCGUACGACGUGUCUCUGGUGGACGGUUUCAACCUUGGGAUGGAGUUCGCCGGCGACUCCGACGGCUGCAACCAGAGAACCCUCAGGUGCACGGCGGACAUCGUCGGGCAGUGCCCGGCGCAGCUGAAGGCGGGGAAUAAUGCGUGCAAGGACCCGUGUACGGCGUUCGGGAGGGAUGAGUACUGCUGCCCGGAAGGGUCGACGGUGCCCUGCGUUCCGACGGACUACUCGAAGUUCUUCAAGGAGAGAUGCCCGGACGCUUACAGUUACCCUAAGGACGACACGGCCACGAAAAGCUGCCCGGCGGGGACUAACUACAGCGUUACUUUCUGCCCUUGAUUUGUCCACCUGGCAGGGAUUGGACGGCCGAGAUCGUUUAGACAUCGUAUGUAUGUGAGAAUAAGGUUGAAUGUGUAAAGCCAUGCACGUAUGAUGCAUGUGCGAGUAAUAAAUGUGCGUUUCAAGGGCUCAUGCACGUCUAGGUAUAUAUAUAGUGGUUCUAAUAAAUUUAGGUUA